GUAGGGAAAACGUUUGUGAUACGAAGCCAUAGAAAGAUGCACAUGGACUCAUUCCACCGGCGGGACUCAGAAAAUACGGCUCUCUGUGCACGGAUUUCACCUUCCAGCGGUGUAAUAGCAAAUACUAUUUAACGUCGGUUUGGUAGGGACCCACUGAUAUCAUGGCUGAACAUCGUUAUCUGCUAAUAUCAUCCUUGUUGGCUGUCACCCUCCUUUCGGUAAACACAGAUGACAUUUACAGAUGGCAGUAGUUGAUGUAUAAAGACGACUGAAAGGAUUUAAAAUAAUUGAGCUCCCUCGGAGGUGAGACAGUUUGCAGUGACAUGGUUAUAUAUUGUGGAUGGCACCGGACAGCCAUGGACCCGAAUAGCAGCAGCCGCUGUUUGCCAGUUUCUGGUGAAGACACUGGUUUGGAGGCUUUGUCCUCACCAAUGGUGGGGUAUUUGGGAAAAGUUCAGGGAAGAGCAGCUUCACUGGACUAUUGUCCUUGGUGUACUUCAAAGGGGCUGACCUAUGCUUUGCGCUUGUACCGCAUCAGCCUCCAGGAUUCGAUCACACUCUGCACAAACCCACAGUGUCUUUUCCCUUUGGUCAGCCGCUCCUUGGAGGAUGUUUUGGCUAGCUUGGAUCCCAUGGAGCCGGCUGUUGGGCACAAAAGAAAAAAUGUUACCACGGAGGGAAAGGAAGAGCUGAUUAAACCUUCAUUCAAGCGUCUUCGAUCAAGUGAAAUUGAUGGUCCCGAGCCACAGGGUGUAACUGGCACACCCGUUAGCCCAGCAGAGCAUGGUGCUGUAAACGCCAUCAGAAAUGGCCAGCAUGCAGAACUCAAGAUGGAUGUUGAAAAGCUGAAUGGAUACCACAAGGAUUGUCGAGUUGCAAAGGCAACAAAUUGGGAAUUGGUACAAGAAAAGGAUGCGGACAGUGCUGUUUAUGCCGAUGGUCUUGCCUCCUCUAUGUGCUCAGCCUCAGCUGGACAUUCAUUGGAAGUUUUGUUGACCACUGAUGGUGAUGAACCUGCGCUGUCUUCUCAUUGUGGUGCUCGUGGUAUAUCAAAGACUGAGUUAAACCAUGAAAUGAGUCUUCCUGGGGUGCAAAACAUAUGCAACAGUCUGGACUUCAAACAGAACAUUAAUUCAAAUAAAAUCUAUGUUUCAUCGAGUCGUCAAAGUGAGCAGACAGUGAGUACAGAAAUAUCAUGGACUGAAGACUGUAAGGACCCAGGGGGCGUUAAGUCGGGAAGUGAGGAUUUGUCUGGUUCUUCAUUAAGAGGGUCCGAAGAACUUGUACCCGUUCCAAACCAGCUUCUCUGGAGAAACAGUGACAACCUGUGUUGGCUGGACUCGCUGCUUGCUGCUCUGUUCAACUGCAAGAGUUUGCAAAAGUGUAAACCUAAAGAUGAUCCUCAGCGGCCAUCUCUGUGGCAGCUACUAAAAGGAUAUGAAGACAUUUGUGGGGCCAUCCAAGUCCACCAAAAGACCGGGAGUGAUGGCAUUGUGCGGGUUCCAAGUCACAUGCUGCAAAAGGUCACUGCAGAUCUUCAGAGUCUCCGGAUGUCAGUCUUCAAGCUACUGCAACCCAAGCUGCGCUGCAAACUGGGUCAGAGGGAAGCUCCGGUAUUUGCUAUGCCACUUCUGCUCCGGAUGGACUCGUGGAUAGAACGUCUCUUCAAGGCAACAUUUUCCUGGGAGUUCAAGUGCAGUGAGUGUAAAACCGCUAUGAAAGAAAGGGUUAUGGAAACUCUCCCCACCUUCACAAAUAUUGUGCCUGAUUGGCACCCACUCAAAGCAACACACUUGGGCCCCUGUAAUGCGUGCUGCAAGGAGAAUCAGAUGAGGACUAUGGUGCUGGAAAAUGUGCCUCCAGUGUUCGCACUGCACUUUGUGGAGGGGCUGCCAAACAAUGAUGUCAGUAUGUAUACCUUCAACUUCAAGGGGAAAAACUACUCCAUCACCACCAUCAUACAGUACAACAGUCAACUGAAGCACUUUGUCACCUGGACUUGCAAUACUGAUGGCUCAUGGCUGGAAUAUGACGAUUUAAAAUACCCAGACUGCAAGACCCAUCAGAAGCUGCUGGUCCCUGCUAAUGAGAUGCAUAUUGUCUUCUGGGAGGAGGAAGUCUGUUCUCCCUCCACCACAUGUGUCAUAUCUCCCCUAUCUGAAAAUGAGAGGAACCCCAGUUUAAAUGAAGAUUCAGUAGCUGAUGAAGUGUCGAUUUGCACUCCAGAUCAGUCUCUUCUUGUUCUUCUUGACACUGACAUCAUCUGUGCUCUUACUGAAGACACCAGCAGCAUCAUGGACACAACAGUUACAGCAGGAGUGGAUACAUCCAUAGGUACCACCACUUUGCUCGAUACCUUUGAGGGCCUUACCCAUAGUGACAUCAUUACACUCACUCUGGUUGAAGUAAAACCUGAUACGGAAAUGCAGUCUUUAACUAAUGCUCAGAAAACUGAGGACCUUAGCGCCGCCAGUAGGAAUGAAACGCUCGACUCCACACCAGACAGCGCUUCUGCUGCUCAAGCUAGUAAACUCUAUCACGGGCACGAUGUUGAACUUCCGUCCACUUCAAGUGACCCUGAAUCAGAGAAUGGGUCGUCCAGUGAUCCGACAUUUGUGCCUGGUCCCAGGAGAGGACGAAGGAAAGGAAUUGGCAAAGGAAAAACCGUCAGGAGAGGAAAAGGUAAAAAGACUGUUAAGUCAAAAGGAAGUCCACAUAUGUCACCACAUCCAUCUUCAGAGCCCGGUGACGUAAACUGUGACCAGCCUGUGGUCCCGGUUACUCAGGAUAAGAGUCCAGCUGUUGAAAUUACACAACAGGCAUCCCCCAUGUCUUCUACUGAUAACCCACCACUUUUCAUGAAUCAGAAAGAUCCCACAACGCCAUCACCACUAGAUCAGAGUGCUCGCUGGUCCUUCCUGCUUAGCAAACACCCACUAAACCAAGUUCAGACAUCCAUUGCUAAUUUUGCCCCUACCUCGCUCACACAAGUAAAGUCCCCUCCUCCUAUUCACUCUACCCCCAAUCCUGUGAAAAGACAGCAGCUUCCUGUGGUGCUCUACCCCAAACCACAACUCAGGACGGAGGAGAGUGAGGAGCUUCCAAUGAAAGCUGCAGACAUGUACAGGGCAUUUGGCACAAAGAGUUUAAACACCCAGAAACCCUUCCUGUGCCCUGCAGUGCAGUCACAGCCAGUCACAUCUAACCACCUAUCAAACACUACAGUGAUAUCUGGUACGUCACUUACUAUGCCUGGAGCAAAGGGAAUCCCUAAAAUCACCCCUCUAAAGACACUUGGCAGCCGUUCCUCAGAGGUUCCCCUAGGCCUCAGCACCACCGAAGCUCUGAGAUACAAGCUGAUAAAGAAACUCAAAGCAAAGAAGAAGAAGCUCGCUAGGCUGAAUAAGGUGUUGGGUAAUCGAGGGGAAAUGCACCGCCCACCGGACAGCACUGACUUGGACUCUCCCAGCACUGUUACCUCCAGCACAUACGACGGCUCCACCUGUGAUGACUUCCUGUCAGACCUGCUCUCGCCGGCAACAACAGCGAGCAACCUUUCGCCAGACAGCACCGGCUUCCUCGAGAUGCUUGCCAACGGGCAAGAUGGAACCGAGCAGCCCGAGUGUGCGGUCAGAGCUGCAGGGACAGCAUCGGAGACAAACGGCUCGAACGGGCAGAACAACAAAGACUUCUUCGAUGAGUUUCUCUCACAGGCCGUACCUCACACACCAACUGACAUGGAGGCCGAGACACUCAGGGAGCUUGAACUUUUCAUUUAAGUUGUGGUGUUUGACCUUUGGCUGCAGGCCACCACCAUGUAAUACGUUUACCAUUAUGCUGAGUUAACAAACUACACCUCAUCUGUUUUAGUUAAAAAGUGAAAGUGAAAAUCUCUUUAGUGUAUUUAUGUUUCUGUUAUUGAUGAAAGUUUCACGAACUUUGUAGGUGUGGCAACAAUGUUGGAAACAUGUUAAACGUGAAAUCUGUAAACCGCAUCAGGGUUUGUUUGUUUUUUCUGCAAUUUCGGCACUUUGAAGUUUUUAUAUGUUGUACACGUGUAUAACUGGCUGUUUUGAAGCCACUGAAGCUGUGUGUUUUUGUUGUUUGAUAUAUUACUUGAAAUUAUGACUGUCUUUUAGUGGUAAUAAUAAAUUCUUUAUAUGGUUCUUUUACUAGUCAGAAUGUCAGCAUCAUGAUGUAAAAAGAAAGGGAGAGGGAGUCUAUUAACCUCCAACCAGCUUACUGUUUGAGAAGUAAAAUGUUUAUACUCCCAGGUUUUUCAACAUUAAAAUCACAGUUUUAAUAUUAAAUAUAAAAACGGUCUUGUUUCAAGUCAUUCAGGUAUUUAUUUGUGGAUCAGUGUUGCACAUUUCUUUUGUUUGCAAUGCUAAAUAAUUUACUGAUACGCCACAUUUACAAGAGAAUCUCAGGAAAUGUCAGGUGGAAGCAGGCGAGCUUGUCAGCUCAUAUUAAACCACAAAUUAUGAAUUUACAUUUUGGUUGUGGCAACACUGCUUCACUACUUUUUGUUGAGUCCACGUUUUUUCCACAGCCAAGUGAUUAAACUGGAAAAAAAAUAAAUAAAUACCUAAU